UAAAAAUGAUCAAUCAUUUACAACAAUGCGUAUACAUUUAAAUAAAAUAAAAAUAAUAAUGAAUGAAUAAUAAUCAUUACUUUUGGUCAAAAUAAAUAAGAUUGACGAUAGUAACUGUGCAUUUCUCAAACCAACUGAAAACUCCUAAAUAUAUAUAUAUUAAAUACAUUUGACCAAGAUAAAUCGAUCCAUCUAAAUAUGUUGUAAUGCACUGCCACAAUCUACUGAAAACUCUCAAAACACAUGUUGAAAAUUUUGGUAAACGGUAUUCAGCAUAUUUCAGCCAGUAACUCAGUGAAAAUGGUGAAAUUGCACUGUUCAAAGAUAAAGGGUGCACUGGAUUUAUAACACAACAUAAAAUAAGUACAUUUUUGUGACAGUGAAUAAUACAUUUUUAUCCGACUAUCUUGUUUGGAAAUCACAAUAAUAUUUAAAAAUAAAAAUCUAUUAAUCGCCCAGCCCUAUAAGACUAUAUACAUAAUACAUUGCCAACAUUCGCUCAUGUUUAUAUCCCUCCAGAAACUCUUAAAAGACAUAAACCCAGCUGUAUGUUUGCCCUGGGAUGACACACACAAGUGAAGCCAAAUCACAACUGGUGAAACUUUGUGUUGAUGAGGCUGUUGAUGAGAGGAGAGUGAGGGUUUUAGAAAUGGAUCAAUGGUCCGUGCUGAAUGGCUGAGGUCGGGUAGAGGUGGAGAUCUGAGAGCUCCAGAGGUUCACACUGCUGGACUUCUGCUUGUUUUUAACAGCAGUUGGCACAGUUUGGUGGAUGGAAAUACAACACAAGAGAAGCAUGAGGAAACACUGUGCUAUCAAACAUGGAAUACUCAAGGAAUUCCUGGCAGAAUUCCUGGGGACAUUCGUCUUGGUUUUGUUCGGCUGUGGUUCAGUCGCUCAGACCGUCCUCAGUCGAAACAGCCUGGGCGAGCCUCUCACUGUCCACAUUGGCUUCUCUGUGGGGCUGAUGAUGGCAGCGUAUGUGGCCGGCGGAGUGUCAGGGGGCCAUGUGAACCCUGCUGUGUCUCUGGCCAUGGUGAUUCUGGGCAAACUGAAGAUCUGGAAGUUUCCCUUCUAUGUCAUCGCUCAGUUUCUUGGUGCAUUCGCUGGAGCGGCCGCAGUCUUUGGAUUAUACUAUGAUGCUUUCAUGGACUUCACCAGUGGGAUUCUGUCAGUGACAGGAAUCAAUGCAACAGGUCACAUUUUUGCGUCCUACCCUGCGAGACACCUGUCAGUCCUCGGCGGCUUCAUUGAUCAGGUGGUGGGGACAGGUAUGCUGGUCCUGUGCAUCCUGGCUAUUAUUGACGGUGGAAACAUUGGCGCUCCCAAAGGCGUGGAGCCGCUGGCUAUCGGUCUGAUCAUCAUGGCCAUCGGUGUGUCCAUGGGUUUAAACUGUGGCUACCCCCUGAACCCCGCCAGAGACCUGGGACCCCGUCUGUUCACUGCUGUAGCCGGAUGGGGGAUGGAGGUCUUCAGCACUGCGGACCACUGGUGGUGGAUCCCCGUGGCGGGGCCCAUGGUGGGCGGCGUGGUCGCAGCCGUCAUCUACUACCUGUUCAUCGAGCUGCACCACCACCGCGAGGAGCCCGAGAAGCCCCAUGAGGAGGAGGAGGAAGACGAGGAAGACGAGGAUGAUGAGGACAGCAGUCUGAAGGACAAAUAUGAGAUGAUCACCAUGAGCUAA